GAGAUGCGGGACUCGGGCUGAGAUGCGGCGAUGGAAGUGGUGGCGGUGGCUGGUCUGUGCCAGCGGUUGGGUGGCGCUGGUCUACGUCUUCUUUUUGGCCUUCGUCACCCUGGUCUCGCUUACCGACCCUUCCCUUACUCGGGUUUACAGUCCACCCACCGACGUCGUUGGAGCACGGGGGACGUGGGGCUGGGCUUCUCGCAGACUAGGGCGCGGAGCGCGGCUGCCGUGGUGUCAACCUCUCCGUUGGCGGGACCCACCAGGACCAGUUACCGCUCUUGUUUCCUUCCCUGGUUCUGGUAACACCUGGAUCAGAUAUCUUCUUCAACAGGUUACAGGGUACUAUUCAGGAAGUGUCUACAAGGAUUACGCCCUCAUGAAAAACGGUUUUCCUGCGGAGUCUGUCUUCAAUGGAUCGGUGGUGGUGGUGAAGACUCACGAAUGGGGACCUGAGAUGCGAAAGAGUUUUUCACGUGCUGUGUUGGUGAUCCGGGAUCCUUACCUAGCCAUCCAGGCGGAAUUUAAUCGGCAGAGUGGCGGCCACAUUGGCCACGCCCAGCCAGACAAGUACAUGCGGGAUGGAGGACGUUAUUGGGAGAAGUUUGUGACCACCAAGGCGCUGGCCUGGAUGAACACUACACUAGACUGGCUGAAGUUUGAAGGUCCACUGCAUUUAGUUUUCUACGAAGACCUUCUGGAUAAUUUGCCUGAAGAGAUGCGGAGAAUUUUAGAAUUUCUGGAUUUGGAUGUCAGUGAAAGUAAUUUCGGCUGUAUGAUGAGACAUCUGGAUGGAAUAUACAAACGGAGAAAAAGACCCUUGAACUUCGAUCCAUUCACACCAAAACUGCGUGCCCUUGUGGACCGUUGCAAACAUCUUGUUGAGCGUGCAGUGAGGGAGGUGCUGGCUGGAGGGGAUGUCAACCUAGUUUUAAACAACAUGAAUUCUUCAAAUUUUAGCACUGGGAAUCAUAAUCCUAUUGUCAGAUGAUGGAUUCCAGACAUGUUUAAAGGAGUAGUUCAAAAGAAAUUCCCUAAACUUUGAAAGGUAGUGUACUGGUGCAUUGAUAACUGCAACUAAUAAACACAAAAAGCAAAUAGAGAAAUAAAUAGAAAAUUAGAUAAAACAAACACCAAUUCCUAAUCACUAAUAAUUAAAUCAUCCUUUUCACUAUUGCCUCUAGUAAGAAUGCACAUACACGAAUACAGCAGGCUAUUUUAUGUGUUAAUGUCCUACUGCAGGUCAAGCAUUUAUUAUUAUAUUCAGUAUAGAAAUUUGGGUGCUGAAAAGAAGAAAAUCACCACAGCUCUCAAACUAGAGUCCGCCCAAACCAACCCACACAUUUCUAACAAUCAUGAAAGCUAGAGAGUUCGCUGUGCUUCAAGAAGUAAUAGUCUCAAAACUCAUGUAAUUAAUAUACAAUUUAUUAGAAAUGCACUGCAAGGUAUUGGUAUACUUUUAAAUAAUGAAUUAGAUAGGACCAUAUAAAGUAGAUAAACCAUAUUAACAACUAUCCUUUAUAAAGCAUUGGUUGUCUUUCAUUUAUGAACUCUACUAAGUACCUACAUGCGAGGUCAUAAUUAUUGAUAAUUUUAUAAAAGAGCUAUUUUGCUCUUUCUGUACAUCAAUUCUUUCGAUAAAUAAAAUUAGCACUGAAUCAAUCGAGAUAGCAUCAAGUGAAUAAGCCACCAUAGAAAAUCAAGGUUUUAGAUGAAGAUGACAUAUUUAAUACACAAUAGCAGAUUGUAUCAUAAAAAAUAAUUGCCAAGUGCCAUCACUCGAAUACAUGAUUCAUAGGAAAAAAAUAAGCACAUUUCAGGUUGUUAGACGAAGGAAACCCAGGUAAUAUUGCUGAAUAGAAAGCAAGUGUCCACAUAUAGAACAAACAAGAAGAAUAGUGAAAAAGAGACGCUACGUUUGUAAAGGCAGCGCUCACUGCAUAAUAAAUGUUCUUUACGACCAAUCA